CUUGGACGACGGCAACGGCGCAACGCUUCCGCUAUGCACAAUCAUGCAAUGAAGUGGUCACUGUAUAUGGCUCAUCGAAUGAAGAUGCCAGCAGAAGGGUGGACUGUGGACAUUACCGAGGGCACAUGUGAAUGUCGGUAUUGCGCGAAAAUGGGCCAUUGCUGUCACGUACUUGGCGCACAG